UCUCCCCCUCUUUCUAGUCCCUCCCCCUUGCCAUUGAAAAGGGCUGGCUCGGCACUGGCUCCUUGCAGUCAGCGAACUGUCAGGGCGGGAGUUGCUGUGAGCCAGAGCUGCACGCAGCGGUCCGCGCGGCAAAGCGAUAGGCAAGCCAAACAGAGUGCUCUGAGUGGCAGUGGCAGCAGCUACACAGGCGGCAUAGGCGGCCCAGGCACCCGGGCGGCCGGAACAGCCUCACAAACAUCCUCUGCGACUCCAGCUGCUCCGCGGACUGCGAGCUGUGGCGGUAGAGCCCGCUACAGCACUCGCAGUCUCCGUGGAGCGGGCGAAAGCCUUUUUCUCCUUUUCGUUUACCUCUUCAUUCUACUCAAGAGGCGUCAUACACUAGUUUUCUGUGGGGUGAAACAGAGAACCGCCAUAAUCGUAACUGUUAUGGACUUGUUGUCCGGGACGUAUAUAUUUGCGGUCCUGUUAGCAUGCGUCGUGUUUCAGUCUGGCGCCCAGGAGAAGAACUAUACCAUCCGAGAAGAAAUGCCAGAAAACGUCCUGAUAGGCGACUUAUGGAAAGACCUAAAUUUGUCGCUGGUUCCAGACAAGUCCUUAACAUCGCCCAUGAAGUUUAAGCUAGUGUACAAGACUGGGGAAGUACCACUGAUUCGAAUUGAAGAGGAUACUGGUGAGAUCUUCACUACUGGAGCUCGCAUUGAUCGUGAGAAAUUAUGUGCCGGUAUCUUGAUGGAUGGCCAAUGCUUUUAUGAAGUGGAGGUUGCCAUUUUGCCAGAUGAAAUAUUUAGACUGAUUAAGAUACGUUUUCUGAUAGAAGACAUAAAUGAUAAUGCACCAUUAUUCCCGACAACGGUUAUCAACAUUUCAAUUCCAGAGAACUCGGCUAUAAACUCUCGAUAUGCUCUCCCAGCGGCCAUUGAUCCUGACAUAGGAAUAAACGGAGUUCAAAACUACCAUCUAAUUAAGGGUCAAAACAUUUUUGGGCUAGAUGUCAUUGAAACACCGGAAGGAGACAAGAUGCCACAACUGAUUGUUCAAAAAGAGUUAGAUAGGGAAGAGAAGGAUACCUAUGUGAUGAAAGUAAAGGUUGAAGAUGGUGGCUUUCCUCAAAGAUCCAGUACCGCUAUUUUGCAAGUAAGUGUUACCGACACAAAUGACAACCACCCAGUCUUUAAGGAGGAGGAGAUUGAAGUCAGUAUACCAGAAAAUGCUCCUGUAGGUACUUCAGUGACACAACUCCAUGCCACAGAUGCUGACAUAGGUGAAAAUGCCAAGAUUCACUUCUAUUUCAGCAAUCUAGUCUCUAGCAUCGCCAAGAGACUAUUUCACCUCAACACCACCACUGGACUUAUCACAAUCAAAGAACCACUGGAUAGGGAAGAAUCACCAAACCACAAGUUACUGGUUUUGGCAAGUGAUGGCGGGUCAAUGCCAGCAAGAGCAAUGGUGCUGGUAAAUGUAACAGAUAUCAAUGAUAAUGUCCCAUCAAUUGACAUAAGAUACAUCAUAAAUCCAAUCAAUGGCACUGUAGUUCUUUCAGAAAAUGCUCCACUCAACACGAAAGUUGCUCUCAUAACUGUGACAGAUAAGGAUGCUGACCAUAAUGGUAGGGUGACAUGCUUCACAGAUCAUGAGGUCCCUUUCAGAUUAAGGCCAGUGUUCAGUAAUCAGUUCCUCCUGGAGACUGCUGCAUAUCUUGACUAUGAGUCCACAAAAGAAUAUGCCAUUAAAUUAUUGGCCGCAGAUGCUGGCAAACCUCCUUUGAAUCAAUCAUCCAUGCUCCUCAUCAAAGUGAAAGAUGAAAAUGACAAUGCUCCAGUUUUCACCCAAUCUUUCAUAAGUCUUUCUGUUCCUGAGAAUAAUUUUCCUGGCUCCCAGUUGACAAAAAUAAGUGCAACAGAUGCAGACAGUGGGCGUAAUGCUGAGAUCAAUUACCUGCUUGACAUUGAUGCUCCACCUGAAUUCAAUGUGGAUCGACGUACAGGCAUUUUGACUGCAGUGAAGAAACUAGAUAGAGAACAACAGGAAAAAUAUUUCUUCACAGCUCUGGCAAAAGAUAAUGGAGUGCCACCCUUAAUAGCCAAUGCCACGGUCUUUGUGACGGUUCUUGAUCAGAAUGACAACAGCCCAAUUUUCACUCACAAUGAAUACAACUUCUAUGUCCCAGAAAAUCUUCCAAGACAUGGCACAGUAGGACUAAUCACUGUAACCGAUCCUGAUUAUGGAGAGAAUUCUGCAGUAACUCUCUCCAUUUUAGAUGUGAAUGAUGACUUCACCAUUGACCCACAGACUGGUGUCAUCCGACCAAAUAUUUCAUUUGAUAGAGAAAAACAAGAAUCUUACACUUUUUAUGUAAAGGCUGAGGAUGGUGGUAGGGUAUCACGUUCUACAACUGCCAAAGUAACCAUAAAUGUGGUUGAUGUCAAUGACAACAAACCAGUUUUUGUUGUCCCUCCUUCCAACUACUCCUAUGAAUUGGUUCUACCAUCUACUAAUCCAGGCACAGUGGUCUUCAAGGUUGUUGCUGUUGACAAUGACACUGGCAUGAAUGCAGAGCUUCGUUACAGCAUUGUAGGAGGAAACACAAGAGAUCUGUUUAUAAUUGACCAAACAACAGGCAACAUCACACUGCAGGAGAAAUGUGUUGCUGCAGAUCUUGGUUUACACAGAGUGAUAGUCAAAGCUGAAGACUUAGGACAACCUGAUUCUCUCUUCAAUGUUGUAAUUGUCAAUCUGUUUGUGAAUGAGUCAGCGACCAAUGCUACACUGAUUCAUGAACUGGUACGCAAAAGCAUUGAAACACCAGUGACCCAGAAUAUUGAGACAGCUGAUGCAUCCUCACCAACCAGUGACUAUGUCAAGAUCAUGGUUGCCAUUGUUGCUGGGACCAUAACUGUCAUCCUCGUUAUUUUUAUUACUGCUGUAGUAAGAUGUCACCAUUCACCACACCUUAAGGCUUCUCAGAAAAACAAGCAGAAUUCUGAAUGGGCUACUCCAAACCCAGAAAACAGGCAGAUGAUAAUGAUGAAGAAAAAGAAGAAGAAGAAGAAGAAGCAUGCCCCUAAGAACCUACUGCUUAACUUUGUCACUAUUGAAGAAACCAAGGCAGAUGAUGCUGACAAUGAUGGAAACAGUGUCACACUAGACCUUCCCAUUGAGCUGGAAGAUCAAACCAUGGGCAAGUACAACUGGGGCACCACACCUACUACUUUCAAGCCCGACAGCCCUGAUUUGGCCCGGCACUACAAAUCUGCCUCUCCACAGCCUGCCUUCCAGAUCCAGCCUGAAACUCCCCUGAAUUCGAAGCACCACAUCAUCCAGGAACUGCCACUUGAUAACACCUUUGUGGCCUGUGAUUCCAUCUCCAAGUGUUCCUCCAGCAGUUCUGAUCCCUACAGCGUUUCUGAGUGCAGCUAUCCAGUGACAACUUUCAAGACUCCUGUGUCUGUACACACCAGACCGACUGAUUCCAGGACAUCAACUAUUGAAAUCUGCAGUGAGAUAUAACUUUCUAGGAACAACAUAAUUCUUUUCCCCUUUCAAAAAAUUUCAAUGAUUUGUGAUUUCAAAAUUUGGCUAACAUCAUUAAUUUUGUAAUCUGGAUUUCCUAUUAUAAUAGCAAGCAAAACAAAAACCACAUUAAAAAUUAUGUCCCAGUGAACCUUGUGCUUUCGUUAGCUGUAAUCUGGCAAUGGAAAUCUAAAAUUUAUGAAAGAAACAGUAUAGUAUAAUAACAGAGUUCUGUCAUGUUGUUUCUCUGUUUUCUUGCUCUGAAUGUCAAUAAUUGUGAUGUAAUAUAAUGCUGUCUUGAUGUACAAACUGAUGGUUAAUAUAUCAAUCUUGAAACAUGGAAUUACUUGCCCUGUGUGAUUACUGAGAAGUUUAAACAUCAUCUCCGUGAGUUUGGAAGUGAAGCUGAACUAUCCAAGCUACCUUCUGAAAGGUAUCCAGGGCAAGAGGUUUUUUUUAAGACCUCCAAAACAAAGAAAUAAACAAAAUCAAAAAAUCUUUAGUACAGUGUUUUGAACAUAUUCACUAACAUAAUGUUGCUGAGAAAAUCAUUAUAAUUACCCACUACUAUGCUUAAAAGUUGGAUUAUAGAAAAUAAUUAUACUGGGUUUUCAUGUUGAUUAUAAUCAUGUUGUUCCACUACUUUAAUCAUUAAAAAUUAUUUUGUUGUAAUCAUGUUUUCUUUUUCUAUAAACACUUAAAAAGAAAGUUCUUUCUAAUUUAUCUAUCAAAAGGAGAAUGUAAAGUUCUUUAUACUCCCUAAUAUUUUGAAGAAAGUAUAUUGAUAUUUCUUGUAUUAUGAAAACUAAUUCCAGUCACAUGAGGAUAAAAAACAAGGAUUUGCAUAGGAUAUUUCAAAAAGAUUUCACCUUAAUUUUGAAACUACCUAGGAAGAAAUAUAAGGUACACAUUUAAAUCGAUUUAUUUUAUUUGUUUGCCAUUAAAUUACUAAAUAUAUAUCAUUGCUUUGAAUAAUUUGCCCUUUAAAAUUAACUCACUUUUCACAAUAGACUGAUUAACUCAUUUCCUACGCAAAUGAGUGAAUGCCUGAAAUUGGUUGUACAUUAUAUUUUAUUAAAGAAGGAAUGACAUGGUCCAAUUUUAUGCCAUGUUCUUUAAACUGUUUAUGACCAACUAACACUACUAACAGAAUUUUUUAAAAAACAAUUCAUGGUUUCUUAGGAUAAAAAGGGAGUAUAAAGGACCCUUAUAAUCCCUGCAUAACAUAUGCUUCCUUGAUCUUCAUUUAAAUGCUUAAUUUUGUAUCAUUUUAUCUUGAAAAGUGUGAAUAGUAUUUGGUCUGUUAUGUAUGUACAUUAAAAUUAGUGUGUUAUUUGAGGUGUUCUUUGGUGUAAAGAUAUUUAGAAAUUUAUGCUCUAUUUAGCAUUUUAAAUUAGUGUAAUUCUUGGAUGUUAAAACAUAGGUAAUAUUUUAAACAAGUUUCAGUUAAAACUUAGUGUUCCCAUUGACUCAAUACAGAAUCCUUUGUACCUUCGAUAAUGUCAAGUUCCUUGAGCAUACCUGCUAUCUGUUUAUUUAAACAUUACUUAGUUGAUUACAAUGACUACCAGUGUAACUACUUUUACUGGUAAUGAGAAAUGUUACAAUAUUACAUUAUACACUUACAAACAACUGUUGCAGAAAUAUGCUGGAAAUUGAAAUUUACCUUUGUACAAGUUAUUCACAUAGAACAACUUUAGUUCCUCCUCAUUUUUUCUUGAUAAAUUAAAUAUUUCAGUAAUUCAAAUCAUUCCAAGGAAUGUCAAAAUUGAACCAAUUUAAUAUAACACUAAAAUCAGUGCCCUGAAGGUACCAAGAUACACUAAAAGUGAGGGUUUCCAAAAUCUCAAUUUAAUUUUAAAUAACAUGACGCCCAAGAAAGUGGAUCGGGAGUUCAAAUGUCCCAUAACAAACUACCAUGUCUUCAUGACCAUUGCAUAUGUAAUUAUUAUAUAAAUGUGUUUUAAAUGCUUGCAUCUUAACUACCCUGGUCUCUCCUUUUCUGCACACUGUGAACUAAGGAGAAACCUUUAUUUUUCUUCUGUGACCCUUUCCUUAAUAACUGUAUUGAGAAAAACUCCUAAUCACUUUUUUGUGUGUGUGAAGAUGAAAAUGAUUUGAAAUAGUUAUCCUGAAUCCCUUAAAAAAACAUUUUUCAAUAGUUUUAUGAGUGUUGUUUUUCAGAAGAUGAAAAUAGAAACUUUAUUUUUAAAGUUAUAACUCUGUCUCAGAAUGCAGCUUCUGUGAGAAAGGAAAUUUAAAUUGAUUUCUUUCCUACUCUUUGAGCUAAAAUAUUUACUCAUAUGAGACAAUGAUGACUGGCACUUAACAGUAUUUAAAUUUGGACCACAGAUGAAAAUGCAUUCUAAUUUGACUAUUAACAAUCCUUGAUCUAUCCUUUGCUUGUAUUUGAAGGACUAGUAUUUCCGCUGGAGAACAACAUAAAAGACAUUUGAACUAGUUUUUGACAAAAGCCAAAGAGGACAAAAAUAUCUAUUUUCCUACUUCAUUCCUUCUUACCAGUUGAUUUGGUGGCACCUUUAAUUUAAUUGUCAUUAUUAUUACAUGUUGUCUUACAAGGUCUCAGGUAUCAUCCAACCUCUUGUGUUGGUAUUAAUAGACUCGUGAAAUAUUUUCAAUGUAGUGUCCUUGAGGGUCUGUCUGGUUCCUAUUCUAGUCAGUGAAGAGAAAGAAGAAUAGCAAAUCUUAAGAUUAUUCCUCAUAAAUAAAGAAAAGGAACUUUUAGUGAACUUAGUCUAUUGAAUAAUAAAGUAGAGUGAUUGAUGAGCUACAAUGUAUUAUAUAUUUCCCCCCUGCAAGCACUCAAAGAAGCAUUGUUUUCUUUUGAUCAAAAUCUAUAGUGCAUAAAUUGAACAAAAACCAUUGAAAUAUAUUUCCUCAUUUUACUUUUAAUGUAAA